UGUUGGAGGUUUGAUCCCCUGUGUUGCUUGUUGGAGGUGGCUGUGCUGCUGGAGUCUGGCUGAGUGUGGAAGCAGCUUCUCUCUCUCAAUAUCGCUGCUGGAGCUGGGUUACAAUGUUGCUCUGGGUUACAAUGCCGAGUUACAUUGUCUCUAGCUCAACCUGAUCCGGCCUCCGCUCCAUUCGCACCCCCACCAAGAAUUAGAUCGCAACAUACAUUUUCUUUGGUGACUUCCUAAUCCUGUAGAGAAUCAGAAACCUGAUCCAGCUGUGGAAAGAAAAAGAACUGCCGAUAACUAUCCUCUUUUCUAAGGAUCUCAUAAAUUGCAGUGUAUAGAGAAAGCAAAGUGCUCCAAACCACCACCUGCCUGUUACUGUGCUUAUGAUCACUGCCUGGCGUUGUGCACAAAAGAACAGACAAGUCUCCCACAUCUCUUAGUCAGCUUAAAAAAAGAAUCAACAGAGCAGAUUAAUACAGACUUGUGUCUCGUGGCCCUUUGUACAAAGGCUGGCUUUAAAGAGAACACAGUGGUAUUUAAUGAGCUAUGAGAUGAGGCCCUGCUGGUGAUACUUGCAGCAUAAGACUCUUCUCUCUUUAUCCUGCUUUAUAUACAUGAUUCAACACAGCGUAUUUGGAGUUAUUCAACACAGAUUCCAAGACGGCUGCUGGGGACAGGCCAUCGAGCAUGCCUACAGAAAUGCUACAAGCAGAUAGCAUGGUCAAACCUGUUGGUUCGGCAACCACCUUUACGUCAGCUGUUCCUCUUCGCAUACUGAACAAAGGUCCAGACUAUUUUCGAAGGCAGGCAGAGCCUAACCCUAAAAGACUCAGUGCGGUGGAACGGCUAGAAGCUGAUAAAGCAAAAUAUGUGAAGAGUCAAGAAGUGAUCAAUGCCAAGCAGGAGCCGGUGAAACCAGCUGUGCUGGCAAAGCCACCAGUCUGCCCAGCAGUCAGACGGGCAGCAGGUACCCCAUCACAAAAGCUAUCUAACAAUCAUAAGACAGACAGCACUGCAAAAAGAGAGAACUUGAAUCUGGAAAUUUUGAAGAAUAUAAUUAAUAGCUCAGAAAGUUCCACCUCAGGGUCAGUACACAAACACAGUGCACGAAACUGGCCCCAGCACAGACCUGCCUCCACAGAAAUCAACAGGCGCACAUUUGCAGAAUCUAUUCAGGUGUACAGUAAUCAAGGUCAUAGUAGUCUACAGGGAGGCAACCUGAACGUAACCAAACGAUUGUUUGAAGACCAAGUCAGUGAUUCAGCCCUGCACAUUUCUCACAGUUCAGCAGAUGUCAGGAGGGUUGUUGAAGGGAAGCCUCUAAAACCAAUACCCAGCAGCAGUUCUGCUCCUCCUGUUCUACCCAAACCUAACAUUUCAACCUGUAAUACACCUAAGUCACCAACACAAACUACCCCAGACUUGCCCACCAACCCAAGCAGGCGACCUUCGCUGCAUCGCUCCAAAUCUGAUCUCAGUGAUCGAUAUGCUCGUGCCAAUGCAGACGUGGAACGAUUCUUUAACUACUGUGGACUAGAUCCUGAAGAACUUGAAAACAUCGGAAUGGAAAAUUUCACAAGGGCAAAUUCGGACAUAAUCUCCCUGAACUUUCGCAGUGCGAGCAUGAUCAGUUCAGACUGUGAGCAGUCACGACGGAGCAAUGAUGACCUGACGGAUGAUGAGGAAACCAAUGAUCGUGUGCCGUAUGGUAUUUCAGCAGUGGAAAGGAAUGCUAGAGUGAUUAAAUGGUUAUAUAGUUGCAAACAAGCUAAGGAAUCCCAGAAAAUAUCUCAUGUUUAAGGAAGGGAAAAAAAUUCCUGGUUGAAUCAAAUUUUUUUUGUAUUUUUAUUUUUGUCUGUAAAUCUUUUAGUUGUGAUGAGUUGUGAAGUCUACUGGGAUAUUUCUUGCAGAUCUCAAUUCCACUGUGUUGCUAGCUGUAUGUUCUCUCAUUGCAUGCUUAUCAACUUGAACUCAGAACUGGCCUAUACUUCAGAACACAAGAAGACAUGGACUUUUCAACUGUAUUAGAUAUAUACCUAUAUACAUAUGUAUCAAUCAACAAGAGCACGGGGUACUAUGUCCACAUUUUAUUGUACAUUUCAAACAAUUAUAUGAGGACAAAUGGCCUUUAUUGUGGCAGAAACUCUUCGUAAAUAAAUGUAAAUCAGGGCAAAAAAAAAUCAUGUCAGCAACAUUGUGAUGGCAGUCAUGUGUAGUUCACCUUGGUCUUGCAAUGCAUGGUACAGCCCAUGUAACCUUUAAUAGUCCCAUGUAACCUCUAAUAGUAGUGAGUUGUCUAUAAUGUUUCUCUUGAAGCUGUCCAGUUUAAUGCAUCAGCACGGUACAGCUCUGACAAUCCAUGUCUUCCAGAUCUGCUUCAACUGCCAGUCUAACUGUCUGCUGUAAUGUGGUGCUGAGAAGUGAAAAGUACAGCGGGUGAUCUCAUUAAAUUGUUCAUUGUUGCUUUUUAAUAUACUCUAGCGCUGCACUUCAUUUCAUAAAGAGCCUGAGCUGAGGGGGAAACCAGAAUUUUUUUUGUAUGAUAUAAAUGCUGUAAGAGUUUGUAAAUACUUUAAAGCUGUUAUCAGAUCUGUAAAGAAGAACCUGUUAUACUAAUAAAUAGUUUCCAGUC